GCCAAUCAGAAACAGCGUGGGGAAGCAGGGCGUUCAGUAAGAAGAGGCUUUCUGCGCGCCACACAGCAGUGUGCGAUAGAACGUGGAGACCGAAGGAGUUGUGCUUCGAAGAGAACUAAAACGUGAUCAAACAUUUCGCCAUGUCUGAGAGAAAAGCAGUCAUCAAAAAUGCUGACAUGUCCGAGGAGAUGCAGCAGGAUUCGGUGGAGUGUGCCACUCAGGCCUUGGAGAAAUUCAACAUCGAAAAGGACAUCGCUGCCUACAUCAAAAAGGAAUUCGACAAGAAGUACAACCCUACAUGGCAUUGCAUUGUAGGCAGGAACUUUGGCAGCUAUGUGACGCAUGAGACCAAACACUUCAUCUACUUCUACCUGGGCCAGGUAGCCAUCCUUCUUUUCAAAUCUGGAUAGAGCGGAGUGAUGGAAAUCUAUGAACUGUACAGCCAUUAAAAAAAAGAGACUUGACUAAAACUUCAAUAAGGGAACAAAUCCUCCCUACCGUACCGGCUUCCUUAUUUGUGUUACUGGGACUGGAACCCUAUUGUGCUGACUUGUUUUCAUAAAAGUUACAAAGCAGUUUUCCAAAAACUUACAAAAAAAAAUGUAUUUAUUUUCUAUGUUUUUUUUUCCUAAAUAUUAAAUGUUUCUUUUUAAUAACGGCA